UACAACUUCCGGCGCGGCCCCACACGUCAUCUCUGCGUGACUGUGCUGUAGUUCUAGAGAGGGAUGCCUGGAAUGUUUGUGCGCACGUAAGACUACAUUAUCCAGAGUGCACCGCGGCCGGCAGAUUGUAAACAUGCAUGGAGGCUGAAGGACGAAGUGACUGAUGAUCGUGUUCGUGCGGUAUAACCUGGGCCCAGGUGUGGCCGUGGAGCUGCAGGAGGAGUCGAGUGUGGCUGAGCUAAAGGAGGUGGUGGGGAGUCAGCAGGGAGUCCGACCUGAGAACCUGAGGGUUCUGUUCGCUGGGAGGGAGCUGAGGAGCACUGCCACACUGCAGGUUCCUCCUGUCUGCUCCUCCUGCAGGAGAGAGGCUCUAAGGAGGACGGAGGAGCAGGGCCGGCUGACCAGGCUGGACCUCAGCUCCUCGCGCCUCCCCUCCACCUCCUCCGGACUGGCUGUGAUCCUGAAGGGGAGUGGAUGGAGGAAGGGUGAUGGAGAAGAACAGGAGGAGGUGAAGAGGUGUGCGUACCCGCAUACUUUCUUUGUUCACUGUAAGAGCUGCAGCUCGGUGCAACCAGGAAAACUGAGAGUUCGCUGCAGGAGGUGCAGGACAGCGACGCUGACACUCAGCAGGGGUCCUCUCUGUUGGGAUGACGUUCUCCUUCGAGGUCGUACCAUGGUGGCAUUGUGGGAAAUGCCGUUUUCUAACUGUGUGUGUGCAGGAGUUCUACUGGAGUGUGCGUCCCAUCCGACCUCAGAUGAGACCACUGUGGCCCUCGACCUCAUUAUGACCAACCGCAGAGACGUCCCCUGUAUCGCCUUCCCUGAUCUCAGGGACGUGGUCGUAGUCUUCCAGUGUUCGGAGCGUCAUGUGAUCUGUCUCGAUUGUUUCCAUCGUUACUGUCAGACUCGACUAAAUGAGCGACAGUUUGUUCACCAUCCUGUGAUUGGCUACUCACUGCCGUGUGCUGCUGGCUGUGUUGAUUCUCUCAUCAAAGAGUUACAUCAUUUCAGGAUUCUAGGAGACGAACAAUAUGGGCGGUACCUGCAGUACGCCGCAGAGGAGUGUCUGCUGACAAUUGGCGGACUGAUGUGUCCCUCACCUGGCUGUGGGGCGGGGCUUGUCCCACCUGAUGGCAGCAGGAGGGUGGAGUGUGACCGACAGCUUGGCUGUGGCUUCGUCUUCUGCAAAGACUGUAGGGAGGGAUACCAUGAGGGGGCGUGUCACAGUGAUCAGGCUCCGCCCACUGCAGAAGCUGCACAGGGGUUCGUGGUGGACGAGGAGGCAUCCCUCAGAGGGAGGUGGGAUCAAGCCUCUCUGCUCCUCCUGCAGGAGUCAACCAAACGCUGCCCCCAGUGUUCAGUUCCUGUGGAGAGAAAUGGUGGCUGCAUGCACAUGCUCUGUCCCAUGUGCAAGGCAGAGUGGUGCUGGAUCUGUGGAGUCACCUGGAACAGAGACUGUAUGGGGGACCACUGGUUUGGGUAACGCGGCACGAGUCGAGGAUUCGAACCUGCUUGUCCCGCUGAACACUGAUAAUCAAACAAUAAUCAAUUACCUUUAUGACUGUGAUGUCAUGUGUAAACACAGGAUUGUGGGAGAUGUGGUUUCAGAUGCUGAGCAAUAAAAAUAUUCAAAGAAA